UUCUGAUUUCCUCCCAAUCAUGCAAAGACCUUCUCCACACUCAAAUUUCUUCUCUUCUCUCAAACAAUUGGAGAAAAGAUUGAAACUUGACGAACCAACACAACAAGAAGCCGUCGACACACCGACCCAGUCUUUGAUCAGCCCAUUAUACCUUUACUGUGAUGAGAGUGAGACCCCUGUUGACUCCAUCACCAGCUACACAAACCUCAAAGAAAGUGAAACCCCACUUCAAUUUCUCUCUAAUUCCCCUCUUGUCCAAGAAACCCCACCUCAGAUAAACCCAACACAAGUUCAAGAAAGAGUUGGUAUAGUUGAACCUGGUGGUAAUGGGGUUGAUGACAUUGAACUGUUGAUGCAGCUAUUGGGUUUAUCGGACAGUAAAAGGGGAGGAUCCAAAAGUGUGGAAGUGGAUUUGGGCUGUGAUGAUGCAUUUUAUGGAAACAUUGUUGGAGUUAAAGGACCAAAAAGUGAAAAAGAAGUGGAGAGAUUAGAAGGUUGGAUUGAGCAUUUUCUGAAUAGGAAUAAUGGAGAGAGAAGAGAAUCAUUUAGGUUAGCUCAUCUGCUAUUAGGCAAAGCUGCUCUUAUUCAUUCAGAGGUUUUUGAUGGUGUUGGAAGCUUUGAGUUUCCCUCUACCAUUGAUGAGUUCUUGCAUAAUGAUCCACCAAUAGAUGAGGUUGCGUGUUCCCUCUCUAGUAAAUAAAUUUCUAGAAUGCAUAUUUCAAGGUCUAUCUUCAGGAUCAGCAGAGGUGCAGGACAAAGCCAAGUUAAGAAGUCCCUCUACUACAUCCUGUUUCUUGGAGACAUAUGAAGCUAGAUUAGGAUCCACAAUCUGAACUAGCUUGUUUAU